AUGGGAAAACAUAAUACGCGAGGAAGCGUGUGUGGCGAGGUUUUGUUUGCUUUGUUGCAAGGGGUCCAUCUCGGUUUGGGUGAGGCUCCGAGGGAAACCUUGACUCGGCCGACACCGUUGUGCUGCGUGUGCGAGUUCGGGGGAGCAGAGGGAGGUUGGGUAUUGAGUGUUAUUACUUUUCGUCUUAUCUUACCGAGCCGAGGCACCUACCCAACUUCGGCAUCCAUCCCAUGGCAUUUGCCGUGA